UCGGGGCAAAAAAAAUAGGUUAACAGCUCUGCGACCUCUCCCGUUAACACCGUGAUAUCUGUGAGUGGCAAUGCCGGUUCACUCCCGGGAGAAGAAAGAGAGUAACCACGAAGAAAUGGAGGUGGAUUUUCCCGAGCAAGACGGCAGCAGCACAGACGAAGAGGACACCGUCAGCUCGUCCGUGUCUGAAGAUGGAGACAGCUCGGAGAUGGAUGAUGAAGACUGUGAGAGGAGGAGGAUGGAGUGCCUGGAUGAGAUGACCACCCUGGAGAAGCAGUUCACAGACUUGAAGGAGCAGUUGUAUAAAGAGCGUUUGAGUCAAGUGGACAUUAAGCUGCAGGAGGUAAUGGCUGGCUGUGCCCAAGAAUAUCUGGAACCUUUAGCCAACCUGCAGGAGAACAUGCAGAUCCGGACCAAAGUGGCCGGGAUCUACAGGGAGCUGUGCUUGGAGUCGGUGAAGAACAAGUAUGAGUGUGAGAUCCAGGCUGCCUGCCAGCACUGGGAGAGUGAGAAGCUGUUGCUGUUUGACACUGUGCAGAGUGAACUGGAGGAGAAGAUAAGAAGAUUGGAGGAAGACAGACACAGUAUUGACAUUACCUCAGAGUUAUGGAAUGAUGGAUUGCACUCACGGAAAAAUAAGAAAAAAGACCCGUUCUGCCCUGUGAAGAAGAAGAAGCCCGUUGUUGUUUCUGGGCCUUAUAUUGUUUACAUGCUGCAAGACCUGGAUAUUCUUGAAGACUGGACCGCAAUAAGAAAGGCGAUGGCAUCUCUGGGGCCACACAGGGUGAAGGUGGAUGCCCCUGCAACCAAGCCUGACAGACAUCACCAUGUGGCGCGCUCCGAGGACGGUCGGCUUUUCUAUGACAACCAGUGGUACUGCAGGGGACAGGCCAUCUGUAUCAACAGGAAGGACGAGUACCCGACUAGUGCCAUCAUCACUACCAUCAACAACGAUGAGGUGUGGUUCAAACGACUGGAUGGCACUAAGUCAAAGCUGUACAUCUCCCAGCUGCAGAAAGGCAAAUACACGAUCAAACACUCAUAAAAACACACUGACACACACACACACACACACAAAACCAUCAUCUUUUACAUCUUUCUCUGUCUCUUUUCCAUGUUGUAUCUUUAUACAUGCUUGCCAUAAGUAUGCACACACACACACAAACACACACACACACACACACACACACACACACACACACACACACACACACACACACACACACACACACACACACACACGUCAGUUCACUCUCUCUGUGUAUGAGUAACAAAAAAAAUACUGUUCAGAAACAAACAAAUAUCAACUAUCCCUUCUAAUUUAAGGAGACUAUCUUCUCUGUAAAUAUGUAUGUAUGUAUAUUAUCAAUAAGGUCACAAAGUGUCAUUUUCUCUGGAACGGAGAUCAAUGCAAAGUGCUGCUAAAAAAUUGAAGGGAGGAAAAACCGGAGCAGUAGCGAACUGUGAAUCAUGGAUCUCAGUUGCGUGCCUUUCUGAGACAAGACGAUGCCUCGACUGUAAAAAAAAACAAAAAAAACAAAAAAAAAAGUGUGGAACUAUCAAUGCAGCGAAGCCUUACUCUGGACUGGAAGUGGGUCAAAGCGGGUCAUUGAAUGAGUGAGUGAGAAACCCCGAUCCAGGUGAAGAUGUUGUCGGCGGUGUGUUUGAUUUGCCUCUCCAGACGCAUCAGUUAGACUUGAAUUUCAUGCUCCACAGAGCCUAAUAAAUCUGUAUUAGGAACCCCUCGGGACCCAAGUUUGAGAAAUUGAUUUAGUAAAAAAAAAAAAAAAGAAAUUGCACAAGUGUCAAUAUGAAGAUGGAGGGUGAAAGUGAUGAUUAAUCAAUUUUGAGUUACUGAUUAUAUUGUGAACGUAAUUAAAAACCUUUCUUGCCCGCCCCCCCGGGUGAAACCCACAUGGGGGAGCCAGUGUAUUAAAUGAUCUCCUGAUGUGUUGAUGUUUUAGUGUAAUCUUCACAGCACUACAUUUUAAGUUCAAACCCAGGCCACCGGCCCGUGCACUAGCAAAGCAUCAAAGUUGGAAAAAGAAGCCGACUGUGUUUUUAAACAUACGGUAAUGGGAGGUGACCUGUACAUAGAGACAACUGCGUGUUUUGUGUUUACUUCACUGUGAUUCUUCCCUCUGUUUCCUGUCGUGUUGCCAUGUGUCUGAUAGUGCCUAGAACUUAGGAUUUAAGGCAGGAUCCAGGCUUAGAUGGAUCAGCUCACCUCCACAGGUUUGGACUGCAUUUUCUUUUGUGGUGGCACGAUCAUGACAGCCUUAAAUUUGUAAUUCCUAAUGCCAUUUUUCUGGGGUUUUUUGUCCUCCUGUUUUGUGUCCUCUUCUCUCAAUUCAUCUCCCUCAUUUGUCAUUUAUUUUUCCUCUACCUUUGUCUUCCUCCUUGCUGUCAGUAAACAAGUUUCUUCAACAUUCAUGUAUUAACAUUACAAAGAGAAAGCAAAGUUAAGGGAUUUUCUUGUAUGUACAAUCCGUCCAAGUGAACCUCUUUUUGUGUAACUGUAUAUUAUGUUAAGGUCUUGCUUUGUAUUUACAGUGCUUUAAAUUUUCAGCAUUACAUACAUAUUUCAAAGUGUUACCUGCCAACAGUAUUGCAAAAGAGAGGUCCUUGUAACAUAAUACCAUAAACAGAAAUGUGAAAGUGUCUGUGAAGCCUAAUGUGGCAUCCACCGAGCAGAACUUUGGAUACGUUUGUUGCAAGUCUUUUUUUUCCCCAUUUCUACUUUGUUUUUAUCUUUUUAUGCAUCAUGGUUCCUCUGAUACAUUAGAGGUAAAAAAUGAGAAAACGUGACAUUGUGCCAAUGCAUGUACAGCUAAUUAAAGUUGUUUGUAUCAUUUGAAGAGACUCUGCACUGCACAUAAACAUUUUUUUAUAUUCCAUAUGCAAUAUAAUGAAGAGAGUCUUAACAUGAGUGGAAUUGUGUUGCUACUGUACUUUUCUGCUUUUACACUUUUAGCAAAAAGGAUAUAUGUGUGCAUUUAGAUGACUAAAGUAUCAA